CGCCCGUGGAUGAGCACCAUGCGGCUGCUGCUGCUCGCCCUCCUCUUCUCGUCGUCCUUCGCCCGCGCCGGCUGCGACCCUAAGAUCGUCAAUAUCGGCGCGGUGCUGAGCACCAAGAAGCACGAGCAGAUCUUCCGCGAGGCGGUGAACCAGGCCAACAAGCGGCACGGCACAUGGAAGCUCCAGCUCAACGCCACGUCCGUCACCCACAAGCCCAACGCCAUCCAGAUGGCCCUGUCCGUCUGCGAGGACCUCAUCUCCAGCCAGGUCUAUGCAAUAUUAGUUAGUCACCCUCCUGCUCCCAACGAUCACCUAACACCAACACCUGUAUCAUACACAGCUGGCUUCUACAGGAUCCCUGUCAUUGGUCUGACAACACGCAUGUCUAUAUAUUCUGAUAAGAGCAUCCACCUGUCCUUUUUGCGCACAGUCCCACCUUACUCUCACCAGGCCAACGUCUGGUUUGAGAUGAUGAGAGUCUUCAACUGGAACCACGUCAUUCUGAUAGUCAGCGACGACCACGAGGGUCGUGCUGCACAAAAGAAGCUGGAGACCCUCCUGGAGGAGAAAGAGUCCAAGGCUGAGAAAGUGCUUCAGUUUGACCCUGGAACCAAAAAUGUGACGUCGCUGCUGCUGGAGGCGAAGGAGCUGGAGGCCAGGGUCAUCAUCCUCUCUGCCAGCGAGGAUGACGCGGCCACCGUGUACAGAUCAGCAGCCGUGCUCAACAUGACGGGCUCGGGCUACGUGUGGCUGGUGGGGGAGCGGGAGAUCUCGGGCAAUGCCCUGCGCUACGCCCCGGACGGAGUGAUCGGUUUGCAGCUCAUCAAUGGCAAGAACGAGUCAGCCCACAUCAGUGACGCUGUGGCCGUGGUGGCCCAGGCCGUGCACGACUUGUUUGAGAAGGAGAAUAUCACAGAUCCACCGCGGGGCUGUGUGGGCAACACCAACAUCUGGAAGACAGGACCCCUUUUUAAGAGGGUGUUGAUGUCCUCCAAGUACUCAGAGGGUGUCACCGGCCGGGUAGAGUUCAACGAGGACGGGGACAGGAAGUUUGCCAACUACAGCAUCAUGAACCUGCAGAACCGGAAACUGGUCCAGGUUGGGAUUUACAACGGCAGCAAUGUACUGACCAACGACAGGAAGAUCAUCUGGCCAGGGGGGGAAACCGAGAAACCUCAAGGCUAUCAGAUGUCAACCAAGUUGAAGAUUGUGACCAUCCACCAAGAGCCCUUUGUGUAUGUGAAGCCCACUCAGGCAGAUGGGACCUGCAGGGAGGAAUUCACCAUCAAUGGAGAUCCUGUCAAAAAGGUCUUCUGCACUGGACCCAAUGAGACCAUCCCAGGCCGUCCCACCGUGGCACUGUGCUGCUACGGCUUCUGCAUCGACCUUCUCAUCCGCCUGGCAGGGGUGAUGAACUUCACCUAUGAGGUUCACCUGGUGGCUGAUGGUAAAUUUGGUACCCAAGAGCGGGUGAACAACAGCAACAAGAAGGAGUGGAAUGGGAUGAUGGGGGAGCUGCUGAGCGGCCAAGCAGACAUGAUUGUGGCUCCCCUCACCAUCAACAACGAGCGGGCUCAGUACAUCGAGUUCUCCAAGCCCUUCAAGUACCAGGGCCUCACCAUCCUCGUGAAGAAGGAAAUCCCCCGCAGUACCCUGGAUUCGUUCAUGCAGCCCUUCCAGAGCACGCUCUGGCUGCUGGUGGGGCUGUCAGUGCAUGUGGUGGCAGUGAUGUUGUACCUCUUAGACCGAUUCAGCCCAUUUGGCCGGUUCAAAGUAAAUAGUGAGGAGGAGGAGGAAGAUGCUCUGACUCUCUCCUCAGCCAUGUGGUUCUCCUGGGGAGUCCUGCUGAACUCUGGCAUUGGAGAAGGUGCUCCCCGGAGUUUCUCUGCCCGUAUCCUUGGCAUGGUGUGGGCUGGCUUUGCUAUGAUCAUUGUGGCUUCAUACACUGCCAACCUGGCAGCCUUCCUGGUGUUAGACCGACCUGAGGAGAGGAUCACAGGCAUUAAUGACCCUCGGCUGCGCAACCCCUCGGAUAAGUUCAUCUACGCCACGGUGAAGCAGAGCUCUGUGGACAUCUACUUCCGACGGCAGGUGGAGCUGAGCACCAUGUACAGGCACAUGGAGAAGCACAACUACGAGAGCGCUGCCGAAGCCAUCCAGGCAGUGAGGGACAACAAGCUCCACGCCUUCAUCUGGGACUCGGCAGUGCUGGAGUUCGAGGCCUCCCAGAAGUGUGACCUGGUGACCACAGGGGAGCUCUUCUUCCGCUCCGGCUUCGGGAUCGGGAUGCGCAAGGACAGCCCCUGGAAGCAGAACGUCUCCCUGGCCAUCCUCAAGUCCCACGAGAAUGGCUUCAUGGAGGAUUUGGACAAGACUUGGGUGAGGUAUCAAGAGUGUGAUUCCCGUAGCAAUGCCCCAGCAACACUCACCUUUGAAAAUAUGGCAGGUGUGUUUAUGCUGGUGGCUGGAGGUAUUGUUGCCGGGAUAUUUUUAAUAUUCAUAGAAAUAGCUUACAAAAGACAUAAGGACGCGCGGAGGAAGCAGAUGCAGCUGGCGUUUGCGGCCGUUAAUGUGUGGAGGAAAAACCUGCAGGAUAGAAAAAGUGGUAGAGCAGAACCUGACCCUAAAAAGAAAGCCACUUUUAGGUCCAUCACCUCCACCCUGGCCUCCAGCUUCAAGAGACGUAGGUCCUCCAAGGAUACGCCCUGCAGAAUGGUCCCUCAGGAGUGCCAGAGAGACAGGCUGGCACCAUGGAGCCAAGACAGCCCUGGGAAGCUUCCACCCCACUCUGAACGUCCUAGCGCCCACCAUCACCCGAGCUGCACAGCCUCUCCGCGGCACAUCAUCCCCACCGCCCCAGGAGGAGAUGCAUGUGUUCCCCAUAGGCAGCUCCUGCAACUCGAGUAGCACUGGCAGAGCUGACGUUGCCAUCCAUCGCAGCCACCCACGAUACUGCAACCCCACAGACGCCAUGUGAGACGCAUAGACCACACUGACACCUCCGAGCCGGCACAUUGCGUACAGACACGUAUGGAGGUGCACAGGUCCCUUAGCCCCCCGCAUCGCCUGCCCCGCAGAGCCACACUGCCACCCCAGGCACAGCUGACACAGUCCCAUGGCACCGCCCUGCCAGGGCCGGCGCUGGCAUCCCUGGGGAUGGUGCCAGAGCUGGGCGAGAACCUGGAAAAGGUCACCUUUUCAGUGAAGGAUCAUCUGUCCCAAAGCCAAAUGCUUCUUGGCUGAGAAAGAGCCUAGGUUUUGGCCCAAAAGAACCAAAAGCAGGUCAAAGACAACUUUUUUUUUUUUUUUUCCCUAAAGGGAAGUUGAUAUUUUCUACAGCAAGAUCGCAUUUAGCUGGAAUCCUAAUUUUUAAUUGAAAAAAACCCACAACAACAAACCAGAAUUCUUCCAGAAAAUCUUCCACCAGCCAGGGACUACCAUAUGAGCCCAGUUAGGUUGAAGUCAUUUUUAAAGACAUUAAGUUCUUGUCUAUAUUUUCUUCCUGGUUGUCAUUUAAAGUUUUUGGUGCCUUCACUUCACUUCCAUACCUUAACAUGUUUGAGUCUCUUCUACGGUUAAUAUUGAUUAAUUUCUUAGCAUUAUAAUGUUUUGUUUGGGGAUUAUUGCACCAUCCCUGUAACAUAAUUUACCCUAAAUUACUGAUAUGUGCUUCUAGCAUUAGUCCUACUUUAACAUAGUUUUGAUAUGACCGUUUUCUUGCUUUUUUUUUUCUUUUCCUUUUUUAUUUUAAUUUUAAUUUUUAUUAUUAAAAAUUGCAUGCAUGAACUUUACACAAAAAAAAAAAAGGUAAAUGAGAAUGUUACCCUGUGAUAACUCUGUGAUUGGAGGAGAUAUGCUUUCAAAUCAAAA